CCUCGAGUCGCAGUCAAGGCAGUCAAAGCAGUCAGUGGGCAAAGAAAUGCUGAAGUAUACGGUUCUGUUCCUCGCGUUGGUGUCCAGCGCAAAGGAAGGCUGGGGCCGCGAAAGGUUCACCAUUGAAACACAUGAUGGCAAUCACAUUGGAGCUGUUCUGAAAUCGGCACCAUUCAUCAAGAUCGACGAUGGAUACUACUUCUUUGGGAGGGAGUCAGUGAACUGGUACGUGGCCUACGAGAAAUGCCGGGAGCUGGAAGCCGAGCUGGUUACCUUCGAGACAGACGAGGAGUUCGACGCCAUUGCCAGGUAUCUAAAGGCAAAUGCAGAUCGGGGCAACUACUGGAGCUCUGGGAACGAUCUGGGCAAGACGGGAAUCCACAAGUGGUUCUCCAAUGGCCAGCGGAUCAACAGUCUGAGAUGGGCUCACGGACAACCCGACAACGCGGGCGACAAAGAGCAUUGCAUUCACUUGGGCUACAUAUAUAAGGACUCCCAAGGAUUCGAACUGAACGAUCGUCCCUGCGCCUACGAUGGAAACAGUCUGUUCAGGUUUAUAUGCGAGGCGCCGAAGCUGGAGACAAUAUCGAUUGUUGUGUGGAAGUAGAUCGGUGGAGUAUCGGUCGAAUUCGAUAAUAGUGUGAAGAAUUUCGUAUACAAUUAUUGUACGGGUGAAAUAUGGUUUUGGAUUAAACUUUUUAUUAGAAACCAAA